UUCACGACGUGCAUCACGAGUCUGAAGAAACUGCGGUUGAUUAAUUUCUUUUUGAAGAACGAAUUCUCGAUAUCGAUUGAUUCAUCGUGAACUAAACUCAACGGCGUAAUGGCACUUUCCGGUUCAUCGAUCGUGAUCGUUUUUAUUGGCGUGGUCGCUUAUGCGGUGGCAGGACCUAUUCAGUUACAGGCUGGACAGAAUACGUUGCAGCAGAAUGAAUAUGGAGGAUUGGCGGAUCUCUUGGCAAGAUAUAUGGAAGGUCAAAGGGUUAAACAGAAUACGAAGCGAAACUUGGAUCAAAUCGGUGGCGGACAUCUCGUAAGGGAUACGGACAAGCAAUUUGAAGGUUUAUUAAACGAAGAAGAGAGUCGUUUGAUUGAAUGUUUAAAUUCCGCCAUUGACAAGCAAAUACUUGACACAUUCUGCCGAGAGGAACUUUUUGCCGAUCGUUUUCGUAAUGGAAAUCUCAUUAAUUCUUCGAUCAAUUUUGUAGCAUUUGAAGAUACAAUAAAUCAUCCAUUAAACAGUCCUGAUUUAAGUGCCAAUCAAGCAAAUAACCAGUUAUUUAUGGAACAACUUAAUGGCAUUGUUUCAAAUAACGCAGAGAGUGAUAGACAAAUUGUUAAAAAUUUAGAUCAGAUCGGCAGGCAUUUCGUAAGAAAUCUAGAUCAAAUUGGUGGCGGACAUUUGAUUAGAAGCAUCGAUUAUCCAAACGCAAGAACAAAACAGCGCAUUGAUCAACCGAUGAGCAUCUUAGAGAAGCUGCAUUUCACGCGAAAUCUGGAUCACAUCGGAGGCGGAAAUCUUGUGAGAAAUUUAAAUCAGAUUGGAGGCAGAAAUCUUGUGCGAAACUUGGAUCCAAUUGGCGGCGGAAAUCUCGUGAGAAGCUUGAAUUGAUUUUGCAGCAAUGCCUAAUCAUGGUGGAACAAGAUGGGGAAAGAGAAUGGCUUAGAAGUGAUUGUAUUAAGAAUGGAGAAAAGCUUUUAUAUUGAUUUUGAAUAUUA